AUGAAGCUGCCAGUCUCUUUUGGUCUGCUUGCUGUGCUAGCUUCCUCAGUUACAGCGAGAUACUAUAACUGGGGUGAAUAUCAUCCUAAGGCCUACUGCACUGCCCAUCGUUACUAUUGUGGAAAAACGCUUCUGAGUGUCGGAAACUAUAGGGAUCAGAUAAAGGAAGUUUUGGAUAGGGAGGGAUAUCCACUAGACGAUUGGCACAUCAACAACGCUCUCCUCUACUGUCGGAAGGGAACCACGGACGAACUUGGUUUUGAAAGAAUGGCUAGAUAUCAGUGCUAUGAUGGCGGUGACAGUAAAAGUGACUAUGUUGAUGACGUUGGGCCUGUUUCCCAGUACUGUAGCCCGAAUGGGAAGGCGUCAGGUAAACUUGAACAGGUCAUAACUUAUGCAAUAAAUUAUAUAUAG